UCUGAAGCUCCAAAACUUCGUUUAUAUCUCCCCCAACCCACUCCUAUCACUGCACAGUGCACACACUCUCAGUCUCCUCAAGUUUUAUACUAUGUAGAAUCGAAUUGUUGAGAAGAAGAAGAAGAAGAUGAAGGCGUCGAUGAAGUUCCGGGAAGAGCAGAAGCCCAUUUUGAAAGCUAAGGUCCCUUUGAGUAUUUUAGGAUUACCGUUUCAAUCAGGUGUCGUCGCCGGCGAAUCAAAAGAGCUCAGUCUCAAUCUCUCUACCUUGUUCGACUCUGGUCCAUCUCUCAAAUUCGCUUACCGUCCUAACGACACGUGGAAUCCAUUCUCGCUCAUCUUCAAAACCGGUACUGGAUCUUUCGGUUCUCCGAUCUCUAGCUCCAUGCUCAUGACCGCCCAGUUCAAUCUCGUCGGACGAAAUGGUAACAACCCUACCUUCAUGCUUCACUUCAAGCCUCGCUUCGGUGAUUUCUCGAUUAAAAAAUCACACUCCUCCUCCUCUGCUUUCGAAUUGCUGAACAAAUCUGUGUCGGAGGAGGAUUCGUCUACUGAGGUCGUUGAUGUUCCGGUGGUCAGCGGCGGAUACGCCGGGGCAUUUAAAAGAGUCACGGUUCUGCCUUCGGCGUGUGCCGGAGAUAUCGCUGGACUGCUCUGCGGCGUUGAUUUCGCGGCGAGGACGUCUUUUCCGUUGAGAGGACGCGCCGUCGUGAAUUUUCGAUGGGGAGUUAAGGUUCCGACGGAGACAAAGCAUGGUUUUAAUCCGACGGCUGAGAUUUCGUUGAGGAGAAUCCCUUUCUUGGUGAUUAAUAAAAUCGCUGUCGAACACGUGGACGGCUCAAAUGCAAAACAAACUAAUAAAGCGGGUCAGGUUUCGGGUGUACCCGGAAGUGCUGACGUGGCUGAGGCGUAUUUGGCUGUGAGACGGCAGAUGGAGCAGCUUCGGUCGGAGAAUUUACAGUUAAAGAGAUCCGUGGAUGAUCUCCGGCAAGAGAUAACAAAAGUCCGGCCGUUCCCGCCGGCGCCGAUGGAUUUCGGAUCAUCCUCAAAGUACCGUGAAGAUGAAAAGAUCAACUGUGGGAGAUCGAAGGUGGACAAGAUGAACAACGAGAAAAAGACAACCGAUUAUGGCGGGAAGAAAAAUGUCGCAGCGGAGGAGCUGAAGAAAGCUUGAGAGAUGCUACAACGAGAGAAAGUCAAACCGAUUAUAAUUGUAGAUUCUUCAUUCAUAUGCUUAUGGAAAUAGAAAAUUAAAAACAUGUAAUAAUGAGUGGGAAAUUGAUUUCAGUUGCGUCAAAA